AGCUUUUGCUCAGUCACAAGUUGUCUCCAACCUGUUUUGAGACCGUUGAGUCUUUGUUCCUGGCCAUGUCAAGCAAAGACACCAUUGCAAAGGCCGCCGUUGUGGGAGUCAGUGCUGCGGCUGGUGCAGCUUUGGCCCUGGCAAUUCAGCAAAAGGUGUCAGCACGCAUUGAAAAGCCGAAAAAAUUCGAUCUGGAACCACGUAUUGCAGCAGCCUUGGAGGCUGCCAGGCGAGAAUGUGGCGAUGGCAAGUGGGGCCCAGAUGACGGUGCCACAGCCACUUCCUGGGUGGCAUACCAGAUGUCGGACAACGCGUUUAUUUUCCCAAUCACACCUUCUACGCUGCUGUCUGAGAUGUGUGAUACCUGGUCGGCAGGUGGAGUUCAGAAUGCUUUUGAACAAGUGACGAAGAUCACUCAGCUGCAAUCAGAGGCUGGAGCAGCAGGCAGUAUGCAUGGUGCACUUUCUGUCGGCGGCUUGGCCACUACGUUCACUGCUUCUCAAGGACUCUUGCUGAUGGUUCCGAACAUGUACAAGAUUGCAGGAGAGCUCAUUCCCUGCGUGAUGCAUGUGGCAGCACGCGCUGUAGCUGGACAAGCUCUGAGCAUUUUUGGGGACCAAAAUGAUAUCCAGGCAGUUCGGUCCACAGGUUUUGCAAUCCUUUUUGGAAGCAGCGUGCAGCAGGCCCUCGACUUUGCUUUGGCUUCACAUAUUGCCACCCUCCGGAGCCGGAUUCCAUUUGUGCAUGCUUUUGACGGCUUCCGGACCUCCCAUGAAAUUCAAAAGAUCCAGGCCUAUCCGAAAGAAGUCUUUCAGAAAGUUGUGGAGUUGCUGGCGCCGGAGAUCGAUGCUCAUCGAGGACGUGGCUUAAAUCCAAACCAUCCACAUGCACGGGGCACUGCGCAGUGUGAUGAUAUUUACUUCCAAGCAGUGGAGGCGGCAAACAAAUACUACCUGGAUGUACCUCAUUAUGUGGAAGAGGCAUUUGCGUGGAUUGAGAAGCUGAGUGGACGAAGCUACUCGCUUUUUGAAUACGUUGGCAGCAAGAAUGCGAAGUAUGUCCUCAUCAUCAUGGGCUCUGGUGCAGGAGUUGUUGAGGAGUAUCUUACCAAAAUGGGUGACAAGGCCAAGGACUGUGGCUGCCUCAAUGUACACCUCUACAGGCCAUGGAGCGAGAAGCACUUUCUCGCAGCCUUGCCAACACUGAGCGGGUUGAGGGCAGUGGCAGUAUGCAACAAGAUGAAGGAUCCUGCUGCGCAUGGCGAACCUCUUUACUUGGAUGUUUGCACAUCACUGCAGAAGGCCAAGUGCACAGCAAAUGUCAUCAACGGCCGUUAUGGCUUGUCAAGCAAAGACUUCACUCCAGGCAUGGUGGAUGCCAUCUAUCAGAAUCUGAGAUCCAGGAACCCAAAGCAUCCUUUCACUGUGGGCUUGGAUGAUGACGUCACGCAUUACUCACUACCAUUCGGUCGCUUAGAGACUGUGCCUGAGACCACGAAGCAGUGCAUUUUUUGGGGCUUUGGCAGCGAUGGCACAGUCGGUGCUAACAAGAAUACCAUCAAGAUCAUUGCCCAGAACACUCCACUUUAUGCCCAAGGCUAUUUCAAAUACGAUGCGCUGAAAUCAGGUGGUGUGACGAUCUCCCACCUCCGCUUUGGACCUGAACCUAUCAAAGGCAGCUACCUCAUUGACACUGGUUGUAACUACCUGGCUAUCCACAAGAAGGAGUACAUCUUCAGUUUCUUUGCAGAUCUGUUGCUUGGGCCGUUGGCAGAUGGAGGGACCUUGGUCCUCAACUGCCCCUGGUCAGAUGCUGAGAUGAACACCAUCCUUCCACCUCCGUUCCGGAAGAUUGUGGGCCAGAAGCGCCUCAAAGUCAGCGCAAUUGACGCGAGUGCAGUGGCCAAACGGACAGGUAUGGGAAAGCUGAUCAACAAUAUCAUGACGGCUGUUUUCUUUGAGCUCUCGGGCGUUUUGCCCACAGAGCAGGCCCUAUCUUUGCUCAAGGAUGCGGUGAAGAAGACCUACAAGAACAAGGGUGAUGCCAUUGUCAACCAGAACAUCAAAGCGGUGGAGGCAGCUAUUGAGGCCUUACGCACUGUGCAGUAUGACGCAGCGAAGUGGGCAGCUAUCGAUUGCGACCGGGAAUCCUUCUAUGCCAAGGAGCGCGAUUCGGAACCACCUACUUACGUGACUGAUGUGUUGGACAAGGUCCAAACAAUGCGUGGUCAUGAGUUGAAGGUCAGCGAAGUUGAGGUGGAUGGCUGCGUCCCACUCUCCCAGACACGUUUUGCAAAGCGUGGUGUCGCCGAGUCUGUGCCAGUGGUUGACAUGGACAAGUGCAUUCAGUGCAACGUUUGCAGCGCCAUUUGCCCACAUGCAGUGAUCCGACCCUUUCUGCUUUCGAAUAUGGAAUUACAGAAGGCGCCCUCCUCUUUUGACGCCCGCAAGGCCACAGGUGGAAACACCUAUGCAGGGCUGCACUUCCGAAUCCAAGCCUCGCCGAACGAUUGCACAGGUUGUGAGGUUUGCACCAACGCCUGCCCUGUGGGAGCGUUGAGCAUGAUGCCUCGGCUCGACACUUUGGAGAAGGGGCAUGGUGCCAACUGGGACUAUGCAAUGUCUGUUCCAAAUCGUGGCCAGCGUUUUGAUGCAAACACACUGAAAGGAUCGCAGUUCCAGGAGCCGCUCUUGGAGUUCUCUGGUGCCUGCGAGGGCUGUGGCGAGACACCAUAUGCAAAGCUGGUGACCCAAAUGUUCGGAAAGCGCCUCAUUGUAGCCAAUGCCACAGGUUGCAGCAGCAUUUGGGGCGGCACUGCUGGGUGGGUUCCAUAUGCUACAGAUAAGGAAACUGGCAAGGGGGCUGCGUGGGGCAACUCUCUUUUCGAAGACAAUGCAGAGUAUGGCCUUGGCCAGGUCAUCCACGUCAGGCAGCGACGGCGCCAGCUACGAGACCGCGUUGAAGCAGCUCUCGCACGAGCUGGAAAGGCCAUGAGCAUCGCUUUGAGGAGCCUCUUGGAGCAGUGGCUGGAGUUUGGCGAGGAUGGAAGCAUCUCUGAGAGAUUAUCUGACGAGCUGCAGCCACUGCUGGAAGAAGAGAAAGGGAAGGCGAAGGAGAUUGCCGAGAUUGUCCGCCUAAAGGACCUGUUCACUAAGCCUUCCAUGUGGAUGUUUGGCGGUGACGGCUGGGCAAAUGACAUUGGCUAUGGUGGCAUUGACCAUGCGAUUGCCAGCGGAAACAAUGUGAAGAUCGUCGUCCUUGACACGGAGGUCUACAGCAACACUGGCGGUCAGUCAUCCAAGUCCACUCCGAUGGGUGCUGUUGCCAAAUUUGCCCAGGCUGGCAGAGACCAGCGGAAAAAGGACCUUGGCGCAAUGGCAAUGGCAUAUCAGCAUGUCUACGUGGCUUCCGUCGCUAUUGGUGCGAACUACAAGCAGACUGUGGAAGCAUUUGCAGAAGCCGAGAAAUACGAUGGCCCUGCUCUCCUCCUUUGCUAUGCUCCUUGCAUUGAGCACCGUUUCUUCAAGACAGGCCUCUCCGCAAUGUCACUCGAUCAGAAGGAUGCUGUUGAGUGUGGCUACUGGCCCCUCUACCGCUUCAACCCCAGACUGGCCCGGGAUGGCAACAAUCCGUUCAUUCUGGAUUCAAAAAAAGUGACGGGAGAUGUGAUGAAAUUUUUGAACCGGCAGAAUCGCUAUGCACAGCUGGUACGCUCAAGUCCUGCUGUGGCAGAGAAACUCCAAGGAGAAUUGCAGGUCUACCUGAAGCAGCGCCACUCUGCGUUGCGAGAGAAGGCAGCAGCUGACCUCUCCAAGGAGGCGGCUUCUCUCAAGGACGGUUUGAAGGAAGCCAAAAGCGCAGCAGAGCAGGUUCUCAUCACAUUUGGCUCAGACACUGGGGUCACAGAGCAUGUGGCCAAAAAGUUUGCAGGCCUUUGCGCAGACCGAGGGGUCCAUGUGAGGCGAGUGUGCGAUCUGGACGAGUUGAGUGACAUUGAAGAACUGAAGGCUGCAUGCGCAGGGGCCAUUUGCGUGGUGAUGUGUUCCACUUGUGGCCACGGAGACUUCCCCCAGAAUGCAGGGCUCUUUUGGAGCAGCCUUUCAGCGCAGAAUUUGGCAAGCAAGGAGCUGAGCGGUUUGCGCUUCUGUGUGUUUGGAAUGGGAGACCGCAGCUAUGCAGAUUCCUUCUGUGAAGCUGCAAAGAAGAUUGAAGAUCGGAUGCGAGAGCUUGGAGCCGAAAGAUUGCUGGACAUGGGUAUCGGAGAUGAUCGAGACGAGGACAAGUGGGAGACGGGCUUCCAGAAGUGGUUGCCCAAGCUUUGGCUUACUCUCAAGGCAUCGGAGCCACAGGAUGAUGGUAGGCCAAAGGAGCCGCUUUUCGAGGUGAAGUACCACGAAAUGGCCGCGCUGCAGACCUCCCCUCUUGUGCCACCGGGCUCACAGUUGCUGCGAGUGGCGGAGAACAGACGUCUGACGCCCUCUGGCUACGAGCGUGAUAUCCGACAUGUUGCACUGAGCCUUGAGGGAGCUGACUUUCCUUUCGACUUGGGAGACGCUGUUGCCAUCUAUCCUGAGAAUCUGGCCAAGGAUGUUGACGAAGCACUGGCGUUUUUGGACUUAGAUGGUGAUCGAGUGAUUUCUGUGAAGUGCUCUGAGCACGUCUCCGAGCGCCACCGACGAGCCUUUGAGCGGCGUGUAACGGUGCGCCAAGUCCUGACGAGCAUGCUUGACCUGUUUGGUCGCCCUUCUCGCUCAUUCUGCACAGACCUUGCCCGCUUCGCAAACAAUGCAGAGUCGAAGGCUCUUCGGAAGCUUGGCCACGCAGUUGGCCCCGACGAAUUCCCGCGCCAGGAUGAGUGGGCAGUGCUUUGCGAACAGUGUCCUACCUACUUUGACCUUAUGAAGAAGUUCCCAAGCGCCAAAAUGCCACUGGAGCAGCUACUUUCGAUUCUGCCUCCCAUCAAACCUCGCAUUUACUCCAUUGCUUCUGAUGCAAGAUACAGCCCCAAGGCUGUCGAAUUCACCAUUGUCAUCAACCAAUGGAAGGCCAAGACAGGUGAGUUGAAGACAGGCACAUGCACGAAGUUCAUCCAAGACAUGCCAGUGGGCAAGCAGGUUGCAUGCGCGGUGGUCUGCGGCACCUUCCAGUUUCCGGAAAAGGACACCACGCCCAUGGUCAUGGUUGGUUUAGGGACUGGCAUUGCCCCGAUUCGGUCCUUUAUGCAGGACAAGCUUUACAAGAAGCAGAAUGGCAUCAGCACUGGACCCAUGGUUGUGUUCUAUGGCUGCCGGCACGAGCAGGAGGAGCUUCUCUACAAGGAUGAGUGGAAGAUGUUCGAAAAGGAGGGAGUUCUCACAAAACUGGUUGGAGCAUUCCAGUUUGACAAGCCACACUAUCCGCCAAAGCAGAUCUUCGUGUCUGACAAGAUGGCCGAGCAGCCUGAGCUUAUCAGCGACAAUCUGCUGAAAAAGGGUGGCUACUUCUUCAUGUGUGGUCCAGCUGUUGCAACACCCUCGGUGCAGAAAGCACUCAAGGCAGCGCUGGUGCAAUGCGGUGGCCAAAGCGCGCCAACAUCGGAGCCAGAGGCUGAUAAAUGGUUCAAGGACUUUGUGGCUGCGGGACGGUAUUCGGAAGAGUCCUACUAGAUCCUGAAAGCCGAGAACAGCGGUGCGUUUCGAAAGCUGACGCAGCGUGUGCACGCUCCCGGUUUCAAAAGACUUUCUCAAGUAUGAUGGAACGUUUCCAGCAGCCGUUUGUUGCACAAAUUGACAAAUGGCUGAAUCCAUCAGCAAGUUGCUGCAGCUGGAGUCUCCAUGUUUUGAGCCAAGUGUGAGGGCAUAGUUUCUGAGGAGUGCCAGCUGCAGCGUUCCAAUUGGUGAAGUGAUGGCCAAUGUCGAGGUUUUUAAACGUCCCACAAUGACUUGGCCAAGUUUUGCACAGUGGACGGUAGGUCCACGAAGUGCCAAAAGCCUUAACUUUCAUUCAAGUCCUUAGAUGUGGUGGAUUCCGUC